GACUGAUGUUUCAUGUGAUUUAAGACUAGAUAGUAGUAGAUACUAGAUAGGUUUUUAACUUUUCAAUGUAAUCUUGAAUAUUCAAGUUUUGAUUUCCAGUUCCAGUCAGUUAGAUGAGCUAAGUUUUGGUGGUGGUGGUUUUAGUUAUGAGAUAACAAAAGAUGAUAUUGCUUCUAAGUUAGUUUGCCAAUAAAUAUUUCAGCCAAAUAAAUAGUAUAGUAUUUGUGUAUGCAGUAGUAUGAUGGGUCAUUUCAAAAUAUUUUACUUUACGCUUUUCGUGCCAUUUGUUAUUACCGUGCUUUGUGAAGAUAUAUUGGAGCACCAUGAAUUACAGGAAGAUUUUCUACUCAUAACUGUUGCUUCAGAAGAAACUGAUGGUUAUAAAAGAUUUAUACGUUCUACCAAAAUUAAUAAUAUCCCAGUGAAGGUGUUGGGUCUAGGUAAAGAAUGGCUGGGUGGCAACAUGCUGUCGACGGGUGGAGGCUACAAAGUCAAUCUGCUGAAAGAAGAGUUGGAAAAGUACAAAGAUGAUGACAGUAGAAUUAUCAUGUUCACAGACAGCUAUGACGUUAUUAUCAAUGGUGCUGUGAAGAAUAUUGUGUACAGAUUCAAACAGUUGGAAGCUAGAAUCGUCUUCUCAGCCGAAUCGACAUGUUGGCCUGAUGAGAGUUUGGCUGAAAGUUAUCCUGUAACUGAAUCAAAGUAUAAAUAUCUCAAUUCUGGCGGUUUUAUGGGGUAUGCUGCAGAUUUAUAUAAUUUGUUAUCGACUGCACCAAUCGCUAACAAAGAUGAUGAUCAAUUGUUCUUCACCAAUCUUUUCUUGAAGACUGAAAUCCGUGAAAAGUAUAAAAUCAAAUUGGAUUACAAGUCCAGUAUAUUCCAGAAUCUUUAUAAUGCGCUUGAUGACAUCGAAAUGCGAUUGGAUGAUGUGUUCAGCUAUACCGAGAACAAUAAAUAUGGAACCAUACCAAUCGUCAUUCAUGGCAAUGGACGUUCUAAAUUUGCACUAUUAACGGUUGGAAAUUACUUAGCUAACAGUUGGAAUGAAGCACAAGGCUGUCUUGCUUGUUCAGAAAAUACACUGCAAUUACCCAAGGAUGAGAAUGAUUAUCCUGAAGUGCUAUUAGCUGUAUUUAUUUCGGUUCCAACUCCUUUUAUGGAAGAAUUUUUCCAGAAACUCGAAAAUCUCGACUAUCCAAAGAAGAAAAUACACCUCUUCAUGUAUAAUAUGGUGCCAUAUCACAGCGAAGAAGUGGAUAGAUUCACAAGCAUAGCUUUUGAAAAAUAUUCAUCGUUGAAAAAAAUUCUACCAUCAGAUAAGAUUGGAGAAGCGGAAGCCAGAAAAUUAGCUCUGAAGCAAUGGAAAGUGAAGAAGUGUGGCUACUAUUUCAAUGUGGACAGCUAUGCUCAUAUUGACAACAGUCAAACUUUGAAACGCCUCAUUGAACAAAACAGACAAAUCUUAGCACCAAUGGUUGUGCGUCCGUACAGAGCUUGGUCAAACUUGUGGGGUGCUAUUACCAAAGAAGGUUAUUACCAGAGGUCUUUCGAUUAUAUGAGCAUCGUCAAUGGUGACAGGAGGUUAGCUAGCACUGGCCGGAUUUCUGUGCUGAAUCUGAAUGGGCAUGCGCGAGCCAUACUGCCCCCUCCGCCCCCCUCUCGGCCCCUUGCCACCUCUCCCCCCUCCACCACCACCCCUGGCAGCGUCGCCCUGCGUCAUCAGCAUACUAAGCACGGUCGCCAUCACCAUAAACAUCAUCCACAACGCUUCUGCUACUUCAGUAAACAUUUCAGAGAUCAGGGAGUUUUCAUGUAUGUUGACAACACUGUCGAAUAUGGACAUCUCAUCGAUCCUUAUUCAUUUGAUGCUAAUAGAAAGCAUCCAAAUAUGUAUGAACUCACCAACAACAGAUAUGACUGGGAGCAGCGAUACCUUCAUCCUGACUACGUGAAAAAUCUUGAACCAAACGCAACAAUUGCUCAGCCUUGUCCAGAUGUUUAUUGGUUUCCUGUCCUGAACGAGAGGUUCUGUAAGGAACUCAUUGACAUCGUUGAGAAUUUCGGGAAGUGGUCUGAUGGCUCAAAUAAGGACGAACGGCUACCAGGUGGAUACGAGAAUGUGCCAACACGAGACAUCCACAUGAAUCAGGUGGACUACGAACGCACCUGGCUCGAGUUGUUGCAGCAAUUCGUUCGCCCAAUACAAGAGAAGGUCUUCAUCGGAUACUUCCACGAUCCCCCUCGUUCGUUGAUGAAUUUUGUUGUGCGUUAUCGGCCUGAUGAGCAGCCGCUGCUGCGUCCUCACCACGACUCAUCCACCUACACCGUCAAUCUCGCCUUGAAUCGACCACACAUUGAUUACCAGGGAGGAGGCUGUAAGUUCAUUCGGUACAACUGCAGUGUGGAGAACACAAAAGUGGGCUGGAUGCUAAUGCACCCGGGUCGUCUCACUCAUUAUCAUGAAGGCUUGUUGGUUACCAAAGGAACUCGCUACAUCAUGAUCUCUUUUGUAGAUCCUUAGAUCUCAUCACAAGAUCCACCAAUAUGCAGAGUGCCUAUAUUAUCACCAAACCAAUGUCUACUAUUAGUUCAUAAGACCGAAACAUACCAUGCUCUACAUUCAUAUUGAGGAAUACAUCAAUGUUUUCUAUGUUAAAGGCUUUAACAAAACUAGGCUAUUUAUAAUUGUAAUUAACAAGUUCGAGUAAGAUGAUCAAAUAAUAUUGUAAAUGUCAGUGUGUUUGUAACUUAGAAUUAAACAUUCAGUAAACUGUUCGUUGUUGUAAUUAAUAGCUUUACAUUUAGGAUAGAAUUUUUUAAAUUUUUGUAUCCAAUAUUCUAAUUACCUGGAAGAACUUUUCAAUUUUUUCUUGAUAUCUUUAUAAAAAAUAAAUCCUCUCAUUCAUUUUUUAUAAUAUGUCAUUCUGAAAUUUGGUGCUGUAAAUUUUAUCAAAAUCCUAUAUUUUCCGGACGUGGAUUAGUAAUUUUGGUCUUUCUUUUGUGUUUUUUACUUUCUAAAAUUUUAAAACAAUUUUAAUAAUAAAAUGUAUGUGAAAAUCAAGAAUAACUAUCACAGUUUUCCUUCAUGGGAGAUUGUGGGUAUUUCGUUGAAAGUGGAACUUUCUACGGGACACCCCACAAUUCAAGUCAUACGCUUACAGCAACUGAUCAAAUAGAGGAAUUGAAUUCAGUCAGUUUCUACCAUAAGAGUGUACCAUCUUAGCAAUAAUUAGUCUUUAUAUUGAUGUGUUUAUACAGAUCAGAACAUAUGAUCUUGUUUGAUUGUUUAACUUAUUAUUCUUCCUAUAUUAUUCUUAGUACUUUGUAGUAUUUUUCCAAAUUAUAUGGACAUUUUUAUCCA